CUGAGAGUAAGAGCUAGGUACAGAUAGCUCAGCUUCCCUACUGUUGCCCAGGCACGCAAUGAGAAACCAGCCUUUGAACGCCGAUGGAAGCGUCCCCUAACUGAUUCCAAUUAAGUAUCCUUGCCAUCAUCUGGACGAAUAUUCUGAGAUUCUGCUAUCCCUUUGUUUUGUGAGAAGAAGCUAAAAGCUUUGGAAAAACUACAGAUAAUUUGCAGCAUCAUUUGACUGGCUUGAGCAGACCCUAGGAUAGCUGAAAUGCACCAAAGCUACUGAUGACCUUCUGCAGUUACUUUUACAUGUGGACACUGCUGUAUCAGAGGGUAAGUGUCUGAUCAGUCAACCAACCUAAGAGAGGAGCCUGAAGGGGGGACUGACAUUGAAUAAAUAAGAAACAUUUACAGACUUAGCUUUGGAUUCCAGACCUCAACCUUGAGCUGAUGGCGUGUAAUGACAGCAGCAUGGCAGUUUUGAGGAGCCUGCUCUUAACCAUUGCUGUGGCUAUUCUGGGAGUCCUUGCAGUUCACGAGGAAGGAAGGCACUUUGUGAAGACCAUUAGAGUAAAGAGGGACACAACUGAAGCUGAGGAUCGUUUUGUCAACCAUAGCUUGAAGAAGCAGCCAGUGGUCUUCAACCACGUGUACAACAUCAACGUUCCCCUGGAGUCCCUCUGCACUGUCAACCUGGAGUCCUCCCCCAGCCGUGUGGUGAAGGUGGAGGAGCAGGAAGGGGCCUCGCAGUAUACCGAGCAGACAGCAGACCAGGAGAGCCAGGUCACCUUCACCCACCAAAUCAACAUCCCCAAGCAGGCCUGUGCCUGCCCUAGCUCAUCCACCAUGCAGGACCUAGCCAUCCGCAUCGAGGUGCUUGAGAGGGAGAUGUCCUUGCUGAGGCAGCACUGCAGCUCCAAUUGCUGUGGAGAAAGUGCAGCAACAGGUCGACUGGAUUAUGUCCCACACUGUGGAGGGCACGGCAACUUCAGCAUGGAUAUCUGCGGCUGCGUUUGUGAGGAGGGCUGGACCGGCAAGAACUGCUCUGAGUCACGGUGCGCAGGAGACUGCUCGGGCCGGGGGUUAUGUCUGGAGGGGGAGUGUGUCUGUGACGGAGAUUUCACGGGGGAUGACUGCUCUGAGACGCGCUGUCCUGGGGAUUGUAGUGACAGAGGGCUCUGCAUCGAUGGAGAGUGUGUCUGUGAGGAGGCCUACGCUGGGGAAGACUGCUCUGAAGCCCGCUGUCUCAACAACUGCUCUGACCGGGGCACGUGCAUCAACGGGACCUGCCAGUGCCAGCAGGGCAGCGUGGGUGAAGACUGUUCGCAGCUGAUCUGUCUUAAUGACUGUAGCCAGAAAGGGAACUGCAAGCAGGGCAUCUGUACUUGUGAGGAAGGCUAUAUAGGCGACGAUUGCUCAUCAGUCACUCCACCUAUAAAGCUCCAUGUGGUGGGAGUCACUGAACAGACCAUUGAUCUGCAGUGGGAAGGCCCCCUCGUGGUGACAGAGUACCUCAUCACCUAUGUGCCAACUAGCCCUGGAGGUGCCCAGCUGGAGCUGAGUGUGCCAGGAAACUGGACAAGCUCCACCAUCAGGGAGCUGGAGCCUGGCAUUGAAUACAACAUCAAUGUCUAUGCUAUUCUCAACAAGUCACUUAGUGUGCCAGUCAACGCCCAAGUCUCCACAUAUCUGUCCACUCCAGAGGGUUUACUUUUCAAAUCCAUCACUGAGACCUCGGUAGAGGUCCAGUGGGAGCCAUUGUCAUACUCGUUUGAUGGCUGGGAAAUCAGCUUUAUUCCAAAGGAUAAUGAAGGUGGAAUGAUCGCUCAGCUGCCCAGUUCCAUUACCUCCUUCAACCAGACAGGCCUAAAGCCAGGAGAAGAGUACACUGUCAGUGUGGUGGCACUGAAGGACCAAGCCAGGAGCCCAGCACUGUCAGCGACCGUGUCAACCUUGAUUGACGGCCCAAGCCAACUGACCAUUCGGGACGUCUCAGACACAGUGGCCUUUGUGGAGUGGACCCCUCCGAAGGCUAAGGUUGAUCAGAUUGUUCUGAGGUACAGGCUGGUGGAUGGGGAGAUUCCCGGAACAACCUUCAGACUACAGCCCACCCUCAGCCAGUACUCCCUGCAAGUCUUGCGGCCAGGGUCUCGCUACAAGGUUUCAGUGACCGGUGUCCGCAAUUGGAACGAGAGUGACUCUGUUUCAGCUGAAUUCUUAACUGAAAUCGAUGCUCCAAAGAACCUGCAAGUGGUCUCCAAGAGUUCCGGGACUCUAGAACUGGAGUGGGACAACAGCAAGGCUGAGGUGGACAGUUACAGGGUGGUGUACAGCACAUUGUCUGGAGACCAGUAUCAUGAGGUCAUUGUGCCAAGGAAUGAUGGGCUGACCACCAGGGUUACACUGACAGAUCUGGUGCCAGGUACAGAGUAUGGCAUUGGGAUAUCAGCAACUCUGGGCAGCAAUCAAAGUGUUCCAGCAACCACGAAUGCCAGAACUGGUCUUGAUUGCCCCACGGAUUUGACGGUGACAGCCUCCACAGACAAUACCAUCUCUCUGCUUUGGAGGAAGGUCCAAGGCCCCAUCAACCACUACCGAGUGACUUACACUACAUCCACUGGCAUGGCAUCUGAAGUGACCGUCCCCAAGGAUGUGUCAGUGGUCACCCUGACUGACCUGGAGCCUGGGACAGAGUACACCAUAUCGGUGACAGCACAGAGAGGUCGGCAGCAGAGCUCUGCUGCUACCAUUGACGCAUUCACAGGAUUCCGGCCCGUCACACAACUGUACUUCUCCGACAUCACUUCCUCCACAGUGACGGUGGCCUGGAGUGCCCCAGCCCCACCAGCCGACAUGUUUAUCCUUAACUACAACCCACAGGACCAAGACAAUACCCUGCAGGUCACCCUGGACGGCUCUAAGACACAAGCAACCCUUGCUGGCCUGCUGCCCUCCACAGAGUAUAUUGUUACCCUGGUCACCAUACAAGGGACUGUAACGUUUAAACCUGUAGUGGGAUCAAUAACCACAGGGAUGGACCCUCCGAGGGAAAUAACUGUAUCCAACGUGACUGAAGACUCUGUGACAGUGUCCUGGGUCCCCCCAAUAGCACCAUUUGAUUACUACAAGAUGUCCUACCAGACAGCUCAAGGGAGAGUGGACAGCGUGGUGAUUGACAGUCACAUGACUGAUUACACCCUGAGCAACCUGAAGCCAGCCACAGAGUACGAGAUCAGCCUGAAUGCAGUGAGGGGGGGCCUGGAGAGCGAGCUCAUCAGCAGCACUGUGCACACAGUUAUUGACAGCCCUCUAGGAUUGGUUGCUAUGAACAUCACUGCGACAGAUGCUGUUCUUCAGUGGCAACGGCCCCUCUCCAGUGUGGACAACUAUGUUCUGAUUCUCACACAUUACCAGGCAGCAGCUGAUACCAUACUGGUAGAUGGCACCAGUCAAGAGUACAAGCUUACCAAUCUCAUACCAAGCACUAGCUAUUCUGCCGCCAUGUAUGCUACUAAGGGACCACUCACCAGUGGCACUAUCAAUGCCAACUUUAUAACAACUAUGGAUGCACCUCAGAACCUGACAGCCAGCGAGAUCACCCACAGGAGUGCCCUCAUCUCCUGGCAGCCACCCAUCACAGAUAUCGACAACUACAAGCUCACAUACAAGUCCGGGGAUGGCAGCAGGAAGGAGUUGAUCCUGGAUGCUGAAGAUACUUGGAUCCAGCUGGAGGGUCUCUCUGAAACUACUGAUUACACCGUGAGGCUGCAGAGUGCUCGGGGAGCAGAGACCAGUGCCAUAGUCUCCACUGUCUUCUCCACUGGAAAUCGUCUGUUUGCCACCCCUCAGAACUGUGCCCAGCAUCUCCUGAACGGAGAGACUCUAAGUGGGGUUUACACCAUUUAUGUGAACAGGGACCCAAGCCAAGGAAUGCAGGUGUACUGCGAUAUGACCACAGAUGGCGGGGGAUGGAUUGUAUUCCAAAGGCGGCAAAAUGGUCUGACAGAUUUCUCUAGGAGGUGGAGUGAUUACAGAGUUGGCUUUGGCAAUAUAGAGGAUGAGUUCUGGCUUGGGCUGGACAAUAUUCACAGGGUUUCUUCUCAGGGUCGUUACGAGCUUCGUAUUGAUAUGCAGGAUGGACAAGAGUCGGUGUAUGCCAGCUAUGAUAAAUUUUUCAUUGCAGAUGCACGGAAUCUUUACAAGCUCAGAAUAGGGGAGUACAAUGGAACUGCAGGGGACUCACUGACCUACCACCAGGGUCGCCCUUUCUCCACCAAGGACAGAGACAAUGACAUUGCUGUCACAAACUGUGCCUUGUCAUACAAGGGAGCAUGGUGGUACAAGAACUGCCACCGAGCCAACCUGAACGGCAAAUAUGGAGAGUCUAGACACAGUCAGGGAAUAAACUGGUAUCACUGGAAAGGCCAUGAGUUCUCCAUUCCCUUCAUUGAGAUGAAGAUGCGGCCAUACAACUAUCGCAAUAUCAAUGGGAAAAGAAGGAGGUCCACAAAGCUAUAAUCACUGCAAACCCCUUAGCUCUACUUAUUUUUAAGCAGGGGAAAAAGGAAAGUAGUUCUGCGUUAAGAAAGAAAAUAAAAGCGUCAUAUGGUCGUACAGAAAGGCUCACAUGCACAUAAGGGGAACUGAACCAAGUUUUUAAUGACAUCAGUUGUUUUAUUUUGUGCCUGUCUUCACAAUAUAUCAGGGUGCCUAUAGAUGACUUGUAAAGCAAGUACAUGUGUAUUACUCACAGCGAUACAUAGUGGUUAUUGGGGCUGAGUUGGCUGUUAAUAUAAUAUCUCCCCUAAAACCAUAGUAAUUUCUAAAAAGAGUUGUUAACAUUGCUUUAUGCACUGUAUGUUUUCUUUUCUUGAUAAUUUUUAAAUAUGUUCAUAAAAAAAAAAAGUCCUCAGCAUUUGAAUUGGUUUUUAAUGUUUUGUGAUUGAUUAAACCAUCAAUGCAUUGUACAAAAUAACAAUAAUACUAAGUGAAUACUACAUUAUUACAGCAACCAAUCUACAGUAGCAUCAAUGUUUGAAGUAUAAGAAAUAGCCCUAGUUGUAGUAAGGGUAGUUUGGCUUGUGACCCUUCUGAUAUUUGUUUUGUUUUCAUAUCUUGGACCAGUUACAAUUUUUAAGUGAGGUUUUCAAGUAGAUCAUAUACAAACAAUAAUUAUAGAGCACUGCCCCCUCACAA